AUGGCAGCUUGGACGCGUUUCAAGUUGCUUCUGGUCAUGGUCACCACUCUGGUGACCAUGGCUGCUGCUGCGGCUGAAUGCCACAACAUCGAGUCCGUCUUUCUUCAGGACCCCCACACUGGGGAGCAGUACCAGUUUGGUGAAAUCGAUGUUUUGCCUCGGGCCUUGUUUGGUCGUGCUGUUCAUGCUGCUGAACUGAUCACUGUCACGGUUACCCAUACUACCUGCGGUCCUGAUGAACCGACCACAACUGUCACCACGGAUGUUCCUUGCACCACUGGUCAUUCUACCACUCCAGUCCCGGCUCAGGUCACUGACCCUGAGCCUACUACCUCCUUGACUUCGGUACCUGUUGCUACUCAGACUUCGGUGCCAAGCGCCUCCCAGGUGACCACCCCACCAUCUGCACCUGCCGGCUCUCAUAGUUCUGCUCCUGGAACCACUGAAGUGACCACCAAGUCGUCUGCACCCAGUACAACCAAGACUUCUGCGUCUGGCACCACUUUGGCGACCUCGCAGUCCUCUAUACCCGGAACCACUGGAACGCCGGUGCCUAUUCCUACUGAGGUGCCCACUGGAAGCGCUACUGCAACCAACACUGCUUCCCCCACGGUUACUGCCACUGCCACCGAGUCGGUAACUUCAUCUCGUCCCAAUGCUACAAGCGUGGCACCUGUUCCUGUCACCACUGUUGUGAACCACACCACCUCUACGAUGCCUGGCACUGUUACCGAGGUGACCACCGAGACGAUCUCUUCACCUUGCCCUUCCUCUUCCGAAGCUUCUUCUGCUUCUGGAAUAACUACUGAGUCAAUUACAACUUCUCGUCCUACCAAGGUGGUUCCUGUCCCUGGUACUACUGGAAUCGCUUACACAAACUCAACUGCCCCCCAGGCUCCUAGUCCUGUGCCUAAUUUGAGCACUGGUUACACCGCAUCUUCUCGUUCCAACUCAACUGAGCUGGCCCCUGCUCCGGUGACCACUGAAAUCACUAUCACUGUUGAGAUUUCCUGCACCGAGACGACUAGGUGUGUCAGCACCAAGGUUCUUACCACCAGCACCUUGCCAGUCUCGCAGACCACUGUUUCGGGCGUCGUUCCACAGGCCACUACGACCACCGAGGUUCAACCAACUGUUCCUGCUGCUGUGCCCGUUGCGACUGAGCUGAUAACUGUCACGGUUGACAUCCCUUGCACCGAGACCACCAAAUGCGUCAGUACCAAGGUGUACACCGCUACCCCUACGGAGACUACCACCAUUUCGGUGACUCCAAUCCCGGUUAUAGUUCCUGCUCCACAGACCACCACGGAAGUCGUGACCACGGUUAUCCAGCCAACUGUUCCCGGUGCCAUUCCACAGGAGACCACCAGGACUGUAACCACUGUUAUUCAGCCUACUGCUCCUGUUCCUGUUCCGUACACGACCACUGAGCUUGUGACCACCGUCAUCCAGCCAACUGUUCCUGGUGCCAUUCCACAGGAGACUACCAAGGUUGUCACUACUGUGAUCCAGUCCACUGCUCCUGCUCCUGCUCCGCAGGCUCCCACUCACGAGGUGACUACCGAGAUCAAGCCGACUGAGUUGGUCCCACUUCCACACGCCACUACUGUCGAGGCUACCACUUUAGCCAAGGUUCCUGCUCCUUCUGCUCAGCAGAGUGCAACAACCGAGUCCGAGGUUUCCAUUGUGCCUCCCCAACAGCCUACUCACACCCAGAAGGACACUGCAUUGCCGUCUCCUCAGGGUACUUCUUCCAGUGGCACUCACGCCCCUUCUCCUGUUUUCAACGGCGCUGAUCCCGCUGGAAUCAUGGACAGUGGUCUCUUUACCAUGAGCAUUUUUAUUAUGCUCUCUCACACAUUUCACUUGAUUAUGUGA